AUGAAUUCAGUGCACCAACUUGACGAAUUGGUGAAGGAAUAUUUGCUCUUCCGUGGCUUUAUAAAUACUUUUCGUGCUUUUGAGCAGGAGAACAAAACCGAUAAAGAUAAAAGUUUCCAAGCUGAUAAAAUAAUUGAUGAAUUAUACAGUUACGUCUCGAAUAAUGAUAUUAACGGGUUACUAGAAUACUGGAGAUAUUUGGAUAUUCGAUAUUUCUCACGAUUAGAUGGGCGAUUUUUUGGAAGUGUAAAAAAAUUCGAGACAUGCUUAUUGAGAUAUUAUUUAGUCCAUGCAACACAACAUAAACGAAAAGACAAAAUUGUGGAGUUCUUUGAUACCUUUGGUGCAGAACUUAAUGGAAACCCAGAAUGGACUAAAUGGUUCGGUUUGCCGUUCUCAAAGAAUCCUGUAUCUGAUCCAAAUUUUGAACCUUUUUUCACCAAACAGUGGUUAGAAACGUUUACGGUAUCUUUACAUAAUUUCCUGAAUGCUAUUUUUCAAAAUAUGCCGUUACCUAGUCUUUUGUGCUUUAAUAUUGAUCGUCUUCAUAGAAUCUCAUUGCAAAAUGAGAUUAAAGAUCUUCAUAAUAUCAUUGAAAAUCUCAAAUCGGAAUUGGAAAUUGGUGAUCAUGAGAUAACGACGUUAAAGCAGAAGGUUGCACGUAGUGAACAUGCGACAGGAUCCAGAAGACGACGUGCUCUUUCCAUGGUCGAACACAAGAAAAAAAAUGAAAAUGGUGUUGAAAGGCUUUCAGUUCCUUCUUCACAAGGGAAAAGUCAAGUAUCAGCAAGUGUUCCAGUUUCUCGAUCAGUUACUCCUAACAAGCAACAUGACGCGGGAUCAGAAUUAUACCUGAAACAUACAACUGGCAUUUCACUAGCGAAAUUUUCUUAUGAGGGAAAUUCGAUUGCUAGCUGUGAUGCGGAUAAUACAGUUAGAAUAUGGGAUUACUCUGGUGAUUGUUCCACGUCAGAAAUCAACAACCCCGAACACAACAUUCUUUCCAUGGAAUGGGAAUCGAGAUCCGAUAAAUUUAUAUUUCUUGGCACAGAUGAACGCUUAAUCCGAAUGUAUAAUCAAGAGGGCAAAUCGGUGGUGCAUGAAUUUCAAAUGGAAGAACGGCUUCCGAGAGUCAACCAUAUUUGUUGUUCUCCGACAGAGCCAAUUUUUGCUUGUUCUGGAAGUAAUGUGAAAAUUCGUCGGGAUAAUUCCGGUACAGGUUCAUCUGCUUUGGUCUGCUGGAAUAUUAAAACGAUGUCGAUACAGGAAACUUUCUGGUUGGAUUCUUCAUCGAAAUCUAAUUCCGUCCCAAUAGAAACCAUCAAAUUUAAUCAUAAUGGUCAAAUGCUAGUGACUGGCGACAAAACAGGAUAUAUUCGGAUUUUUGAUAUUCGCAAAUGGUCUCCAAUCAUGGAAUGGAAUAUAUCCAGUGCUUCAUCCACAACAAAUACCAAUAAAGCUGGUAAUGGUAUGGUUUGCGCUGCAUUAUUUAGCUUUGAUGAGAAUUCGAUAUACGUAGUUGAUGAGAGCGGGCAGUUAUCUCAAUGUACCCUAAGUUUUCCAUUCCCAUCAACCUUCCGAAGACGAACAGUUUCCGCAUCAUCAACCCGAAGCGCAAAUUCAACGCCUACAAUCGUCGUUGGAGAUGGUAGCAAUAGAUCAUCACAUUUAGCGCCUCCUUCCCGAGCACCAAUGAUCGCAUUUAGUCCUGAUACUGAGCAUCUUGUGUGUGUUGGGGGAAUUGGCGGAUGUCAAGGAAUGAUCUAUCAGACAUCUAAUGGAGAACAAAUGCAAAGCUUAGCUUCACAUUCUCAAUCCUUAACGUCGGUUGAUUGGUCAGCAACUACCGGAAAUGCUAUUCUUACUGCUUCGACGGAUGGAACACUGAGACUCACAAAGAUAACAAAAUUUUUGCAAUCAUAA